ACUAAACAAGAAUCGUGUCAGUAUGAGCUGGACUGUGGAGGAAUGGAAAGAAGGCCUCUCCCCCAGAGUCCUUCAGAAGAUUCAGGAGCUGGAAAGUCAAGUGGACAAGCUUAGAAAGGAGCAUCAGCAAAGACAGUUCCAGUUAGAGUCUUUGGAGGCAGCUCUGCAAAAACAGAAGCAGAAGGUUGAAAAUGAAAAAAAUGAAGCUGCAUUACUAAAAAGAGAUAACCAGAGCUUGAUGGAAUUGUGUGAUAGUCUUGAGAAAGCAAAGCAGAAAAUAUCACAUGAUCUUCAAGCAAAAGAAUCUCAAAUUAACAUGCAGUCAGGACAGCUGAAUUCCAGUAAGAAGGCCAUAGAAAGGCUAGAACAAGAACUGAAAAGAUACAAACGUGAGCUUGAGAGAAGUCAGCAAACAUCGACUGCAGGAGACUUAUCAUUCAGUGGUGCUUCGCAGAAAAGUUUUACUGCUCCUUUAACAGCAGUUCAAAGUCAUAAUGAUAUCAAGUUUGAAGAACUAGAAGAAAAAUACAAGAAAGAAGUACAAGAAAAGAAAAAGCUAGAAUUAGAACUGAGAACCAUCCAAGUAAAUAAAAUAAAUCAGCCUUGUCCUCAAAGCUCCUUGAGUCACAGGGAGAUUGCUCGGCAUCAGGCUUCCUCAUCUGUGUUUUCAUGGCAACAAGAGAACACACUAUCUAGAAAUCAGGCAACAUGUGCAAAAGGAAGUUCUGCAACAUCUUCUUUUCCAUGGGAGAAAGAAACAAGUUCUAAUGUAAUAUCAGAGAAGAACGAGCUCAGCAGCAGCUUUGUUGAUGACUGUAAUUCUUCACUUGUGAUCCAGCUAAGAGCACAGAACCAAGAGCUAAAUUCCACUGUUAAGGACCUAGAACAACAACUGCAAGCUCAAGAAGAAAUGAAGAAAUCCCAUAUGAAUAAACAUCAAGUGACUGAACUGCAGCUGGUCAAAAUGAAGUCAGAAUUAACAGAGAAGGAUAAGGCUCUGAACAAAACCAGAGAUAAACUGACUCAAACCACAGCACAACUUAAUCAAGCUACCACAGAGGUCCAAAUGAUGGAGCAACAGGUGAAAAGAUUGUCAGAAGAACUGAACUGCCAAAGACACAAUGCUGAGAUUGCUCGUCAGUCUUUUGAACAGAAAAUAAAGGCAAAGGAAAAGGAAUGUCAACAGGAACUCUCUUGUCAGCAGCGCUCCUUACAAACACUGGAUCAGCAGUACAACCAGAAAAUAAACAAACUGCAUCAGGAGCUGCAGCAAGCCAGAAAUGACUUCAAUGCUCUACAGGCACAAUUUGACAAAGUAAUGGCAGUAAAACAACAUUUGGAACAUAACACUAGUGAUCUCACCCAGAAGCUGUGCAGAGCAGAGCAGACUUUGUUAGCAGCCCAGACUAAGGAAACUGAUUUGACAAGAAGCUUUGAGGAAGUGAAGCAGGAAAAAAACCUUCUUGACUGUCAACUUGGAAAAAAAAUGCAAGAGAUCCACCAGCUUGAAGAAGAACUCAAAAUGAUCAAUCAGUCUCUAAAGCAGAGCCAGAGUUUUGCGGAAGAGAUGAAAAAUAAGAAUUCUGCUCAAGAAGCAGAGCUGAAGUUACUAGAAGAGAAAUGUAAAAAGCAAGAGAGCUCCCUUUUGCUGGAGAAGCUGCAAGUAGCCUUAGCUGACAUGGAAAAGCAACAAGUUUCUACCCAAGACCUGCUCAAGGGAAAAGAUGAUUGUAUUAAAGAGCAAAACUGUAAAAUAAGUAAAAUGGGGGAAGAAUUGGAAGCUUUGCAGAAGCUCCUUGGACUCAAGCAGAGAGAAUGUGAAGAACUGCAAAAAGAGGCCACUGCUUUUUCCCAAUGGAAAAGUGAAAGUGAUUGCCAUAUAAAUAAACUGAAAUCUGAAAGGGAAAAUUUGCUGACCCAUAUUAAUGACUUGGAGAGGUCCCUUCAGAGUCAGCAGAUCAAAACUCGUGAGCAUAGCGAGAAACUCAGCAUGCUGCAAACUGAAAACGACAGGAAAAGCACAGAGAUUAGAGAACUUAGAGACAUGCUGGAAUGUAAAAGUGCAGAAUUAGAAGAACAAAAACAAGCUUUUGCUGAAGUUCAGCGGAAAGCAGAAUGUUCUGACGAAAAGCACUGCAAAGAAAUAGAAAACAUGACCUGUAAAAUAUUGCAGCUCACCAACCAAGUUGGUGAAGUGGAAGAGAAGUUGCAGUUAGCAACAAGUGAAAGACUGCAAAAGGAGCAAUGUUAUCAUGAGCUGCUCAGUGAGUAUGAAAAAAUCUGUCAUCUUGUAAAAGCAAACGAUGCUUCAGAAAUGACAGAAGAUGGAGAAGUUGAUUUGAAAAGUGGUCAGGAUAAAGCCGGUUUAGAUAACACACAACUUGCAGCAAAUAACUCCAUUGCUGACGAUCAUGGAUGUGCAAGCGCUCUCCUAGAAGUAGAACAAGCUAAGGAUCUGGCCAUUUUACAAGAUCAGAUCUCAUCUCUUGAGCUGUCCUUAGUGGGUCAAAAGCAGCUGAAUUCAAAUCAGCGUCAGCAAUACGAAGACUUACUGCAAAUAAAGGAUGAAACAGAAGCAAGAUUACUGAGUGUAGAGCAGAUGCACGAAAGCUUCGUGACAGAAACUAAACAGCGCAUCAGUAACUUGCAAGCAGAUAUUUCAGUACAUCAAAAAUUAGUUGAGGAAAAAGACCUGCAACUGCAAACUCUGAAUGAAAGAUUAGAGAAAAGACAAGCUGAGCUUCAGGAUUUACAAGUCAAUAAUAAAUCGCUUGAGGAUUCAGUAAGACAGCUGAUGCUUCUGUCUGGAACGUGGGAUUCAGAGAAGAAGGACAUGUCUUCAAUGAUUUGCUCAUAUAGCAAAAAAAUUGAGGAACUUACCGAAGAAAAUGCAAGCCUUAGGGAUUUAAGCAGAACUUUAGAGCAAGGACAAGUAACUUUAAUGGAAGCAAAUAAAAAUCUUUCUGAUAGUUUAAAGGAAAGAGAGGAAAUGAUUUCUGAACUGUCCAGGAAACACAAAGAGGAAAGGGAACGUCUUGAAUCAAGAACUGAAGAAAUCAAAUCAGAGCUUGAAGCUUUGCAAGCAAAGUAUAAAUCGAUGGAAGAAGAAAAUGCAAAUAUGGAAAGCAUUCUCAAAGAGCACACAAUUGAAUUUGAGGAAAAGAAAGCAAAAUCAGAACAAGAGAAACAGUUCUUUAGUGAGAAUAAAGAUAUCUUACGAAAACUAAUAGCCUCAGAAGAAAUGAAAAAGGAUUUGGUUCAACAACUUCAGCAGCUGCAGGCAGAAUUUUCCAGUACCCAAAAUGUGCCUUUGACAGAGCUUGAAAGUUUAAGACAGAAAAUGUUAAACAUAAGGGCAGCACCCAAUACAAUGCAAGAGGAAAGUGAUACCUUAUUUGAAGACAAGGAGCAACUGGGGAAGAAACUGGAAAUGAAAAGUAAACCUCUAAUAUGCGAUGCUGGGUGUGAACAGAGACUCCAUUCAGAACAGUUGAGGAAGUCCAUAGAAGAAAAAGAUAUUGAGCUGACUAAAUACCAAGCUAAACUUGAGCUUCUUCAAAUGGAUUUUGAGGACAGGGAGCUCUCUCUAGAGAACUACAGGUUAGAAGUGAUGCAGCUGGAGACUGCUUUAAAAGGUGUGGAAAUAGAACUUGAGAAGAGCAUGAGAGAGAAAGAGAAGCUGCAAGAACUGCUGUCAGUUAAAGAACUGAAAGCUUCAGAUGAUGAUGGUCACUCACUGGAGUAUAAUUAUGAUGAUGUUUCUCAGAAUUGUGGCAAAAAAGGGAUGGAGGAAAGCUUUUCAUCAUUAUUGCUGGCAACCUCGUUGCAGGUAAUGCUGAACAACCUGAGCAAGCUUGAGAAAAUGUGUGAGAGGCUGCAGGCUGAGAACAUUGCAUUAGCCUCUGGAUUUGAAGACUCAAGAAGUAAUGGCAGUACAGGUACUGAUAAAGUGGCAGAGGAGAAAGAGAACAUAAUGGAUACAGGUAGACAUUUAAAAGCAGAGGAUGAACUUAUGGAUCAAAGUGAUAGCAGUGAUUUGAGAAUAUAUUCUGGUAAUAAUGAAAUGUCCUUCACACUUAAAGAAUGCAGUACUGGAUCCAGCUCGGACUACAAAGAUUUGAAGUUGUCCAGCAAAGAAAUUAAAAUACACUUUGCUGAAGUGAGACAGAAGCUUUUGUCUUUCCAGAAUGAACAUAUAAAGCUAUAUGAACAACACUGCAAUAUGAGCUCCAAGAUGUCUGAGCUACAGUCUUGUAUUGAAAUGCUGAAGGCAGAAAACUCUGCAUUGUCAACAAGUAUGAACAAGGCACAUACAGGUUCUGUGAGAGGGCUACUGUCUUUCAGCCAAAGUGACCUGACUCAGCUGCCUAACUCAGAUGAAACGAAGUCCACAGUUUCUUCCUCAGAUCUCUUGCAAAGUCCCUGCUUCAUAGAAGUGAGUGAGGUGAUUGAUUCUUGUAACAGGGGUACAUGCAAAUGGUUGGAGGGAAUGAAUCAGCCAGGCAGUUCUGCCGCAAUAAUUCCAGAAGAUGCAACAAAAGCUUUGGUUGAAGCUUGUUGUAAUGAUCACAAGUCAGACUCUGUUAGAGAGCCCAGGAGCUUUACUCCUAGAAAAUCUGACCUUGAGAGUAAAAUUGAAGAGCUUCAGAUGCUGUGUCAGACGUAUGAGAAAGCCAUCAAGGUGUUCAAAGACCAAUUUCGCAUCCAAGAGAAUAUGAAAAAUGAGGAAAUACAAGAGCUGAAAAAUGUUAUUCUUUCUGAAAGAAAAGAAAUAGAUCAUCUCAAACAGAAAAAUCUAUCUGACAAAGAAGAAUGGCAGCAGAAACUGCAUAAUGUGACUAUGGAGAUGGAGGGCAAACUGGCAGCAGAAAGAGAACAAACUGAGAAUCUAUCUUUGGAGCUGGAAGCAGCAAGACUCCAACUCCGAGUGCUCGAUUUAAGUUCUCAUUCAUUGCUGUGUGCAGAUAUUGAAAAUAUGACUGACCAAGAAACCAGUACUCCUUAUCGAUUGGGAAUGCCUACUGAAAACGCAGCACUGAAAAACAGAAGGUGUAAACUAAUCUCCUUUGAGAAAAUGGCUGUAGGAGGUCCCUCUGUGUGUGAGAAUGCAACUGAGAGCACUGAAGCAAGACUAAUGGAAAAUUACACUGAGAUUUCUGGAGAACAAGAGGGUAGAAAUAUGUCAGGGAAAAUAAGUAGUCCUUCAGACCAUGCCAGUGCGUUAUCAGUUUCCAAUAAUAGGAUGUGUCUGAGUGCAGGGUAUUUCUCUGAAAAUCAAAUAACCACUGAAAUGCUUCAGGAAAAGGCAGAAGAACAGACUGCUGAAAAUCUAAAGCGGAUCCAUAAGAUGGAAGAAAGCCAUAAACAUGUUGAUUUACUAACGAAAGUUGAGCAAUUAAACUCAGAGCUGAACUUUCAGAAUCCACAAUUAGCUCCAAAGAGCUCAGCCUUUGUAGAACUGGAGGAAGCUGAUGUAGUUGUCAAGGAAGAAAACUGUGGCAUAAAGGAAAUACUGGAAUCAGUUUCUGUCAAUAACCAGCAAUUCUCUCAUACAUUAGAAAAUGAAGCUGAGAACAUAAAUUCUGAGCUUGAGGUAUAUAGAUUCCCUAAUACAGCAGACACAUUGGAUGAUGUAGAAAUGACCAAGAGAGAUUGUCCUGACCAAUUUGUUGCAACUGAAAAUAGACAGAGGAGUCCUAAAUCUGAGCAAGGUAAUAUUAAGGACCAUGUCUUGUUCACAGAGCAUGAUACUGAAAUGCUUCAGGCAAAAUGUCAGCUAUUAGAAAGGGAAAUGGGAGUUAACCUGAAAACUAUUUCUAGCUUCCAAGAGCAACUUGUCUCAGUCACAGCUGAGAGAAACCACAUUAACCAAGAACUGAGUAUUUUGACUGAAAAUAAAAAGGAACUGGAUUACAAGUACCAGCAGCUACAAGAGAAAUUAAAAGAGCUGGAGUCAGCUAAGGUGGAUUCUGCUGAAUUCAUUAGAAGGUUAGAGAGUGAAGUGAGGACACAAACAAAUCUGCUUGAGACUGCAAGAUCUGAUGUAAAUCAGUUAUCAAAUGAAAAAGAGCAUCUUCUGCAGAAGCUGCAAGGUUUGGAAAACGAUGUUGUGUCUUUCACCUUAGAAAAGGAAAAACUCCAAAAUGAAGCAGCAGAUUUGAAGAAGGAGAAAGAGCUGAUUGUAAGAGAGCUGGAAAUAACACAGAAUAAAUUAAGUUCAUCAGAAAUGGAAAAUUCAAAGUUUUCCAGAUCUUUGGGAGUCUUGUUAAUGGAGAAAGGAGAACUUGCUGCUAGACUCAGCUUAGCACAGGAAGAAGUUGACCAAAUGAAACAUGGAAUCGAGAAGCUGAAAGUCAAAAUUGAAUUGGAUGAGAAGAAAAAGCUCCACAUAGCUCAAAAGCUGAAAGACAGUGAACGGAACGCUGACUCUCUUCUAGAUAAAAUUGAGAGGCUUGAAAGAGAACUGGAGAUGUCAGAGAAAAAUCUAGAAGAUGCAAUUAUUCAGUUGGAGACUGCAAAAGCAGAGGCAGAAACAGUAACAGUGGAGAUGGAAGAGGUGACUGAAAAGCUGAAAUGUUUGAAUGUACAAAUUGAUGUCCUCACCUCAGAAAAGGAAUGUUUGGCUAAAGAUUUAAAAGUAAAACAAGAAGAACUAGAAGCUGAGAAACUGACUACAGCAAAACUGUUAGAAGAAAAGGAGGAAGAAAAGCUGCACAUCAAGGAAGAGUUUGAAAAUGCUGUGGCAUUGCUGAAAUCUGAGCUCAAAGAAAUGAGUGAGAAAUUAGAGGAGGAAGGAGAUGCCAGAGCAAAAGAGCAAGUCUUGAUUAACCAGGUGGCUCAUCUUGAGCAUGAUAAAACAAAACUGUUCCAGGAAUGUCAGGAAUUGAAAAAUGAAAAGGUCAGAUUGGAUCAAAUGAGGGAAGAACUUGUUCAAGAAUUAACACUUUGUAAGCAAAAGCUUAGUGAAAAGGUGCAGGAAAACAGUGAUCUUGAAAAGGAGGUGAAAGAAACAGAGGAGAUGUCUUUAGAGCUGACACGCAUGCACCAAGAGCAUGCACGCUGGCAACAGGAAAAAGAGAGGCUGCUGAAUUUGGUUGCUGAGUUGAAAUUGAAGGAGCAACAUUUUCCUGAGGAUGAAACCUUUCCGGCUAUCCUGGAUGUUCUAAAAGUGUCCUAUAAGAACCUUGAGAAAGAACUGGAAUCGACUUCUUGUGAAAAGAGCACUUUAUGUGAAAAGGUAAAUGAACUGAUGGGAAGUCAUAGUGAGCUGCGAGUCAAGCUAAGUGAUGCUGAACAGAAGAUUUCCAAACUACAGGAAGAACUGACCACAGAAAGAGACAAGCUUGCUGCAGAAAUACAACUUCUUCAAGAACAUGCAGAAAAGAGCAAAAUUCAGAUGCAUCAGACUAUGUCGGAAAGAAAUGAACUGACUGAGAGAUUAGGCAUGGUCCAGAAAGAACUACAAGAAAAAGAAAGUGAAAUGAAGAGAGAAAUAUCAGAAUACAAAACCAGAUUACUUCAAGCAGAGAAGGAACAUCAGGAUGCUCUGAUGGAAGCAAACCGAAAGAAUGAAGCUGAAAUUGAGGCCUGUCAAGACAAGAUGAAUUCACUGGAGCACUUUAUCAGCUCUCAGAAAUUGGAAAUGGAGCAUUUGAAGUCAAAUAAAGAAGAGUUGAAUAAUUCCCUUAAAGAAGCUAAACAAAAAUUAGAAGAACUCCUAAAAAUUAAGGCUGAUAACAUUAUAGUUCAACAGAAGAAGGAAGAUGAGUUUACCCACAGUGAAGUGCAGCUGUGGAUGAAAUCCUGUAAACAGAUGGAACAGGAAAAAGAAAUGCUGCAAAAACAACUUGUUGAACGUGAUGAACUAUUAAACAAGAAAAAUCUAGCAAUGACAGAGUGUGCUGAUGAGAAUGCUGUUAUGGAGGAAAUGAAGUUAAAACUGGAAGAAUUACAGGAAUCUAUAGAAGUGAAAACCAGAGAAGCAAAUGAGAACUUGGAGAAAUACUGUUCUCUAAUUGUUAAACAUUAUAAACUAGAGGAAGAAAAUGAGAUGCUAAAAACACAAGUCAGUUUGUUGAGUGCUCAGCUGAAACAGCCAACAAGUGAUCUUGUCAGCAUUCCUUUGCUGAUUUCAGAUAACUCACUGACAGGGAGCAAUCAGUCUGUCAAAGAGAUGAGGGCAACUGAAGAUGCUACUAAGCUUCCAAGUAAAAGGCAGAGACAUGAAGGCAACAGGAAAGAUAAUGGAGAACCAAGAUCCCCUAUGCCAGAGACUUUACCCAAGAAAAAAAGGAAGGAUGAUGUCUAUCAAGAUCUGCUAGGUGAGAAGAGCACUGCCAGUGAGCCAGAUGGGCUUCCAGAAGUAGUGAAAAAAGGGUUUACUGAUACCACCAGCAGAAAGGUUAGCCCUUGCAUUUUACAUCGAACCCCCCUAAGUCUAAGAACCAGUCCCCGUCUGGCUUCCCCAAGUAAGAAACUGACUUUGCCUGUUCAAGAUGUACAGAAACAUAGACCAGAUCAUCUUGGUAAGCGCUCCUCUUCGACAUCUGGUGGCAGCAAACGACAAAAGGUUUAUGGUGAAGAAAAGUUGCAAGCAAUAACAGCUUUGUCACCAAUGCAAUGUAAUUCAAGGUCACGACUUUGCCCAUAUAGGCAAUCCACAAAAAGUGCCUCUGAUAAUAAUACCACAGAGAGUCAUAUGAUGCACAAAGGCAAAAGUUCUCUAAACCAACAAGGACUACCUGAGCAAGAGGAGCAAAAAGAACAUUGUAAUAUGCAGUAAACUGGUGUGGACUCCAUCACAAUUCAGAAUAACUGAUGUUCAAAACCCAGUCUGCGAAAUAGAUGAACUAUACAGAGGGCACCAUUUUCUGUUAUCCAAUGGUGAACAACAGAUGGGUUCUUCAGGGCUUGUUAAUAUUUACUAACACCGAUAGUCACUCGAGCUUAUGGAAUGAUGAAGAAACAGGUAUAACUGAACUUCUGUAGGAUUUCUGGUAAAUAUUUUUUUAUAAAUCUAUUAAAAAGUUAAACUAUUGAAAAAGUA